GCGCCGUUCUUCUAACGUUCGUUUCCAUAUGUUUGCAUCAUCAGGCGUUUGGCAAAAUGUUACGUCAUAAGCUCCGCAAAUUAGAACGUCCGGAUGAAAAUCGAAACGAUGAAGAUUUUCUUUGCGAGAUAAUCGAUUUCCAUAACACGAUUAAAAGUUGGUUUUCGGAGACAGCAAACCUUUUCAGCCUCCAUCUUUUGGCCCAACUCAUUGGCAAUAUGCUGAUGUUGGCUAUCAGUGUAUUUCAAUUCGAUCAGCAAAUCAAACGUCUCGACAUCAAUGGUUUCCUUUUUUGGAUUAUUAUUGCAUCGAUGUGCAUUUCUAACUUAUUUUUGUGCUGUUUCCUCGGCAAAUUGGCUUCUAAAAGCUACGAACAAAUGGCUGACGCUCUGUAUGAUUGCAAUUGGCACAAACUCCCGUUGAAUCUGCAAAAGUAUCUCAUCAUCAUGAUUGCCGACGCCCAGAUACCGCUCAACUAUCAUGGAUGCGGAGUCAUCACUUUGAAUCUGGAAACGUUUAGUGGUCUAAUGAGAUCUGUUUAUACCUACUACAUGAUGCUCAAGACUUUGAACGUAGAGUGAGAUAGUAAAAAAUCGAUAUGGACCGACAUGUGAUUUGGAAGGCAUUCUGUUAAUUUUUCAAACGUUUAUUGUCUAAUUUAAAUGAGCGCUUCGAAGAAAAUUGUUCUAUUUUGCUACAUUACUAAUAUGUUCACUCUUCAUAUUAUGUUUGUAAUAUGAUUUUAAAAAAAUAUUCAUUAUGACUUUUAAGUAUAUUGAAUCAGAGGGGUUUCAAACAUACGUUUUUGGAUGGCUUAGCAUCUCAGAAUUUCGUAUGCAGCGGAUAUAUCCCAGCAUAUCAACGACACAAGUAUAAAUCCGCUGCAUACGAAAUGCUGAGACGCUGGGCCAUCCAAAAACAUAUGUUUGAAGGAUUUUAAACUAUACAAAGAAAAAUUAAAAUAAAUACAACAGAUUUUGCUCUCUGUUAUAAGCUAUAUAAUAUGUUCGUGGUCGCACCUAAUUUUUAAAAGAUGUCACAGAAAAGCAUCCAAUCAAAAUAUGUAUCAAUGUUUCAAUACUUAAUAUUCGUUAUUAAUUGAGAAAAUUGUAAUUGGCACACCUAAAAGUGAUUAUCUCGAACUAAAUAUUCAACUAUAGUUAACUUCAGUCAGAAAUCAAAGAGUUUCAUUUGAUUCAAAACAAUUCGAAAAUUCAGCUGAGGCAUGAUAUUAGACAUUUUAUUUACUUUCAAAUUAAUUUACCCCAUAACCCUUUGCGUUGCCAUAUGGUAACGGCUCUUUGGAAAUAAAUAAAAAUCAGGGCACAUAUCAUAAAAAAUAGACACGUUUUAUACGCUCUAAGAAUGCCGCUUUCCAAUGAUAUAUUACAUUAUCAAAUUGGCGGAAAGAUUUUAAAACUAUGAUCUUGGGCGUUAUAGGGUUGAUAAAUAUUAUUCAUACAUUUUUAGAAUAUGAAUAACAUCACAUUUUGAAGGAAAAAUAGUUUUAGUUGAUGAUUUAAAAGGAAUUCUUUUUCAAUGGAUUUAUCGAAAACUCGAUGCUAAGUGUAUUACUCGAUGCUGUUUUAUGUGUUGC